CGCGCAAGUAGUUUGCUUUUCCACUUCGUCGGAAAAAGCAUUAUACACGUGAAUUCAUUUGAUUUAAAAAUUAAAGAUAAAAAAAAAAAAUUAAUAAAUUUACCGAUUACGGAAAAAAUUAUUUUUUCUUCAAAACUAUUUUUUGGCAUAUACAUUUUUAUAAUAUGUAGACAAAAAAAAAAAAAAGUGGUAAAAUAUAAAAUUAAAGUGUCGUGAUAUGUGUGAUGUCUUUUUGAUUUAUAAAUGUACGAGGUGAGACUGCAGAAUAGUUGAAGAAUAUUUCAUAUGUCAAAAUACAAAAAUGUAAAAGGGGGAACUUGUACUUUUCAUCAUUCAUCUCAGUGUGAAAAAAAAAAAAUGCUUAAGAGUGAACGCGUCCUGAAAAUUCAAUCAUUUUCGAGUUUGUAAAACAAUGUGCGCGAAAAGCUUUGAUAGUAUUCGUGUUGAAACGUAUGUGACGGGCACGUGACGGGAGUUUGAAAAUCCAUGGAAUGCCAGUUGGACCUGUGGAGUUCUUGGAUCCACUCGAAUUGUGCGCCGGUGAUUCCUUUUUCGUUUGUGUAUUUUUUGUUUGCUUUUUUUUUUAUCCAAAAACCUCGUCAACGAUAAUAAUGAAUAAGAGUAAAAGGGAACGACGUAAUAUAAAAUAUAUUACGUCAAAUUUUAUUAUAAACAUUUUAUUGUGAGAAAAACAUUUUUUUUUUGGAGGGUAAUGAUAAAAAAUGACUUUUGAGAAUAAAAUAAGGGGAAAAUAUUUUUUGGUCUUUUUUAUAAAUAUGAAAUGAGAAAAAAAUGACAUAAUUGAAAUUGAAAUAAGAGAUAAAGAGAAAAAUGUGUUGCACGGGAGGAACUGGAGGUACAAGAAUGACACGAUGUGGAGUUUUUUGUGGACUUGCUGCACUGGCAGCUCUAACCACCGCCCUUUUGGGACCAUCAUGGCUUCACACGGAGGAACGAUAUUCAUUGCCUCAAAUGCCGAAAAAUAUUGCGAAUCUCGUCACUGUCAAAUUUAAACUUGGGCUCUUCAAAGUAUGUCCAAAAAUUGUCAAGCCAACAAACGUGACUUUACGUUUGCCCUCACCGAGCUGUAGACAUGUGAAGUACAAUAAUCUCGAUGACGUCAAGUCCGAGGAUCUAGGAUUAACGCAACUUGAUUUUACUCCAAUUGUCGUUACAAAAAUGAGAAUAUCAGCGCCAUUUCAAGUAGCAGCAGCAGCCCUGAUCUUUGCUGGCACGAUAUCAGCCAUGAUCGGUCAUUGUUACUCGGAUCACAGGACCCUUGUGGCUUGCGGCUUAUUUCUCCUUGGCGGUCUCUCACUUGGAGGUGGUUUGAUAGUACUAGCAUCUGCCUUAUCGGACGCAUCAUUAGAAUUGCCUCGAAAAUAUACUUUCUCAACAAGUAGAAGUCAUUCGGAUGAUAAUGGACUACCUCAAUAUCAAUAUGGUUGGUGCCUUCAAUUAUCCGGACUUGCAUUGAUAUUGGCUGAACUUGCUGCCCUCUUAACUGUCUCCGGAUACAUGGCUCGAUUUCCAACUGUCGAAGAUAUGGUAAGAGUAAUGGUUCCCGGUGCAGAAAGGAAGUUGAGGGAGCAACGUGGCCUCAGUUCAGAGUACCUCGUCAGAACCCAUCAGAAAUCACCCGGUCCACCACAGAGUCGAGGGUUUACUCAACCUGAGAAAGGUGCGCAAAAAGUAGCAGAGGAAGGAACUUCCUUAUUGUGUAAAUCAGCGCCUGAUAUAUGCGCUUCAAAUCCACAGUCGAUAAGUUAUGUGGAUAAAGCAGAUCUCUCGCAUAUGUUACCCGCUUAUCCAGAGGGUAAAAUUCCUGAUCCAAGAUUCACAUUUGUUGAUAAGGCAGAUCAGAGUGUUGUCGAUUCACGUUUAAGUGGCUUUGCUGAUAAGGAAGGUCUCAUGGAUUCGCGCAUGUUAUCAGAAUCAAGACAAAAUAUUAUAACAUUCAGCGAAAGUAAAGAACAUCAAAGUGGACAAGAGCCGAGGUUUACAGAAUUUGCCGGUAGAGUUGAACAAGCGACAAUUAUCGAUCCUAGAGUUAGUUUCAGUGAUAAGGAAGGUUAUCCAAUUUAUGCCGAUAAAGGAGAAUCCCUACUUGACACAUCGUUUGGUUAUGAUACCAGAUACAAUAGUCUCGCUGGUCAAACAGUGCCAAUCACAUUGAAGCAUCAGGCAACAUCAGUAUCUGCAAUACAACCACAAUAUAUUUAUCAAAAUUUUGGUACAAUACAUUCGGGAAUGUUAAGAGUGUCAGAACCGGGAACAAGUUCAAGUUCAAAUUCAAGUUUACGUAGUAUGACAUUGCAAAAUCCAAAAAGAAAAUCACAAAUUGCACAAAAUACAUUUAGCACAAUGGAAUGUGAAAAAAGAAAAAGGGCCCCGGGACUUGGUUUUUAUAGUGGUAGCGCUGUAUGACCACCACCUCCUCCUCCAACUCCAAGGUAACUCCAGGAAGAUGAGACACCACUCUAGUUGACAUUUUCAAACAAAAUUCUCUAAUGUCAAACUAGAUUUUUUGGAAGUUGAGGAGGAAAUUUUGUUUUCAAUGAUCAAAAAAAAAUUUUCUAAAAAAAAAAAAAACCAUUUACAUUUCUUCUGUAAUGUAAAAUUUGCGCGACAAAAAAAAAUUGUUGUAAUAUGUAAAUAAAAAAAGUUACUCGCAGAAAAUGAAAGAGAUAUAUGAAAAUUAUCUCUCAUUUGGAGAAGAAAGCUUUGCCUGUUUUAAUAUUGUUGUUUACAAUAAGAUGAAACAGUUUGAAUGUGAAAAAAAUGUUGAAUGAACUUGUAUAAAAAUAAAUAAAUAAAUGCCAUGUGAAACAAUCAGAAUCACUUUAAAGCGGCAGAUGAAUGAUUUUGUUUAUAAAAAAAAAAAAAAAAAAUUGUGAACUAACCUAAAUUAUUUUAGGCUUUUAAAAUUUUUUAACUUUUCGUAAAGCAGAAAAACAUUUUUAAAAACUAAAAAAAAAUAUACACAAAUUUUUCAAUUAAAAAAAGGGUUUUAAAAAGAAAUAAAACAUUUUUAAAAAAAUUUACCGAAAACAAAUUUACAAAAGCUCAAAAAAGGUUUAAAAAAUAUUGUCAAACUUUUUAUUUAAAAAAAAAGACAAAAGAAAUUGUUUGGAAAUUGUUUAUGAAUAAAAAAUCUGUCAAAUUAAAGCUUAAGAUUCACAGUUAAACUUAAAAUCUAAAUAAAAAGAAUUUCUCACUUGUAUAGCUAAUCGAACGAAGUUUAAAUGAUAUUAAAUGAUAGAUAUGUAGUUUUCGUCAUGGAAAUAUAAUUUAGCGAGUCGUCAUUAAUAACAAUAAAAUUGAGAUGCUGUUUCACUCUCUCACUCUCUAUCUCUAUCUCUAUUUCUCUCUCUAUCUUUCUGUCUACAUGUGUCGAGAAAAAAGAAUUACGACUCUUGUACAAAGUUCUUCGAUCUGUAUCUUUAAUACUUCGCCAAUCCUGGACAUAUCAAAUUGAAUAAAAAAGAAAGAAACAUGAAAGUCUACAAUAAAGUUUACAAAAU